AUGACGUUAAACCGAGCGCGGUCAGAUAAACUGGCCGACAAUGAACAUUUCCAGUGGACAACUGGAGGACAUUUGUUUGGCCAAAUCUGUGCCAACCUGUGGAUCAUUUUGAUUCUUGGGACUUCACUUGUAGCAAGCAAUCUGCUCACCACCAUUUGCAAACUGGCCUGGAACAGCGGCCUUUUCCUCCUGCUUCCCAUUAAGAGCUAUAUGUGUAGCUUUGGGACUGACCCAUCGAAAGACUGCAGAAGGAACAAGGCAGAGAAUGUCAUGGGAACUCCCAAUGAGACAACGGUGACUGAAUUCAUCUUGGUCGGGUUAUCCGGCCACCCGCAAGCACAGGCUGUAUUCUUUGCAUUCUUCUUGAUGGCGUACCUCAUAAGCACUCUUGGGAAUGGCCUCAUGAUUGUAUUGAUCAUUGGGGACUCUCACCUUCAUUCUCCCAUGUAUUUCUUUCUCUGCACCCUCUCAUCAGUAGAUCUCGUCAUCACCAACAAUGCAGUUCCUGGGUCCCUGGUCAACUGCUUCUUUUACAUGCCCACCAUCUCCUUCUAUGGAUGCUUGGUUCAGAUGUAUGUUGGUCUAUUACUCAUUGUAAUAGAAUGCCUUCUUCUGGCUGUUAUGGCGUACGACCGCUUUGCAGCAAUAUGCCAGCCGCUCCACUAUAUGCAGAUCGUGAGCUGGAGGUUUUGUACCAGUUUAGUGUCUUUAUGUGUGGUUCUUGCCUUACUGAAUACCUUCAUCAACAUAUUGUUGCAGCCAACGGACUUCUGUGGUCACAAUAUCAUUAACCAUUUUGGAUGUGAGCUACAAUCAUUCCUCAAACAGGCCUGCUCCGAUGUACACAUUAGCGAUCUCUAUGUGCAGCUUUCCACCUUUGCUUUCGUAGUAUCACCCUUUGGCUUCAUUGUUGUAACAUACGGGCGCAUAGGCUUAGCUAUCCUGCGCAUUCGCUCAACACAGGGUCGCAAAAAAGCUUUCUCCACCUGUAGUUCUCACCUCACUGUGGUUAGUAUCUUUUAUGGUACAAUCAUGAUCAUGUAUUUGAAGCCCGAACAAAAAUCUUCCUCAGAUAAAGACAAUAUCAUCGCUGCACUGUAUGCUGUCAUAACUCCCUUGCUCAACCCGCUGAUCUACAGCUUGAGAAACAGGGAUGUGAAGGGGGCUUUCUGGAGACUGUUUGGUAGGAAAACGUCAGAAUAA